AUGGACAGUACUCUUAGGCUUCACAAUGAUGCUUCUGGCUAUCUUGAUGAUCCAUUGCCAUAUAGGCGCCUUGUUGGCAGAUUGGUGUAUUUGACGACAACUCGCCCUGAUAUUACUUUUGUAACACAACAGUUGAGCCAAUUCAUGUCAAAACCAACCAAAACUCAUCAUGUUGCAGCUAUGUGUGUUCUUCGUUACCUUAAAGGUUGCCCGGCUAUAGGUCUCUUCUUCCCUAGAAUUUGUCCUACUCAAGUUUCUGGCUUUAGCGACACUGAUUGGGCAACAUGUGGGGACUCAAGACGUUCCAUCACGGGUUAUUGUUUUUUUAUUGGAAGUUCUCUUGUCUCAUGGAAAACUAAGAAACAAACCACUGUGUCCCGAUCAUCCUCCGAGGCUGAAUAUAGAGCCAUCGCUUCAGCUACUUGCGAGUUACAAUGGAUCAUUUAUUUGCUCAAAGAUCUCCAUAUUUCCCUUUCUUAG